AUGAAUGAGAAAGAUUCAGAAAAAUCAUCAGUUAAUACAAAAGAUGUUGAAAUUGAAGUUGAUACUAAGAAGAAUGUAUUUAUGUUUUUCAAUUUGAAAAAAGAUUGGAAUGUUUUUGCAUUAGGUUCAAUUUGUAUGAGUAUUUCAGCAAUUGGUACACCAAUAACAACAUUAUUAUAUGGUAAUAUAAUGGGAACAUUAUCUGAAUAUUUAAGAAAUGACAUAACUUCAUAUGAUACCUUUAUUAAUAAAUGUCUCAAAUUUUGUGGGAUUUUAAUGGCAGUAGGAUUUGGUAAAUUUUUAUUUGUUUGGUUUGGAAUGUCAAUAUUUUUAAAAUUUGGAGAAAUUCAACAAAUGAGAGCAAGAAGAGAUGUUUAUUCAAAAUUAAUUAAUCAAAAUAUAAAAUGGUAUGAUGAAAAUAAAAAUAUAAUGGGUGAAUUAAUUCAAGUUGAUAGAUGUAUUGAAGAAUUACGUUCUGGAAAUGCAGAAAUUAUGGCAGAAUCAGUUCAAACAAUUGCUUUAAUUUUAGCAUUAAUUAUAAUGUCAUUUUAUCAAUCAUGGGCUAUAACUUUAAUCAUAUUAGCUUCUGCCCCUGUUAUGGCUUGUUUUGCUUGGUUAUUUGGUGGUUUAACUUAUCGAGCACAAGAAGAAGAAAAUGAUUACAGUUCACAUGCAAGUAAAGUUUUAAAUUGGUGUUUGACAAGUCCAUUAACAGUAAGAGUAUUCAAUGGGAAAUAUGUUGAAAUAGUCAAAUUUAAUAAAUAUGUUGAUGCAUCAGCUAAAGCUUAUUUUAAAGUUUCAAAUUCUAUUGCUGCAAAUUCUGGUAUAUUAAAAUUUCUUACAUUAAUGAUGUUUGUUCAAGGUUUUUGGUUUGGUACUUUUUUAUUGUCACAUGAUAAAAUCACUAUCAAUCAAUUGUUUACUUGUUUUAGUUCAUGUUUAAUGCUUGGUCAAUCGAUAUCAAAGAUAAGUCAAUUAAUGGCAAUACUAAAUACAGCUCAUGCUGCUGCUGGUGGAAUUUCCACUUAUUUAAAAACUUCAGAAGAUGAAUAUAAUAUUACAAAGGGAAUAUUAAAAUAUCCAACCCAUUGUUUUGGUAAAAUUAUAUUUGAACAUGUACAAUUUAAAUAUCCAACAAGAGAUGAAUUAGUAUUAAAAGAUGUUUCAUUUAAGAUUGAGGUAGGUAAGCAAAAUUAUUUUAUUGGUAAAUCAGGAGCUGGUAAAUCAACUAUUCCUUUAAUUUUAAUGAAAUUAUAUGAUAAAUCAAAUGGUCAAAUAAUAAUUGAUGGUAGUGAAAUUGAUUUACUUGAUUCAAAUUGGAUAUCACAAAAUAUUACAUUAGUUCAACAAACUCCAGUAGUUUUUAAUGGAACAAUUCGUGAAAACAUAGCACUUGCUGUUGCUGAUAAUUAUGAUUCAAUUGAAAAUGUUCCAUCGCAUUAUAUUGAAGAAGCUGCCGAAUUUGCAUUAUUAGAUUUAGAUUUAGAUACCAAAAUCACACCUUUAUCAUUAUCCGGUGGUCAACAACAAAGAUUAGCUAUAGCAAGAGCAAAAUUAAAGGAUUCACCAGUAUUAAUAUUAGAUGAAGCAUUCAGUGCUUUGGAUUCUCAAACUAAAGGUACUUUAAUCAAUAGAGUUAAAGCUUGGAGAUAUGGCAAGACUACCAUAACAAUCACUCACGAGUAUGGAUGUAUUGAUGCUGAUGAUAAUGUUAUUAUGAUGGAAAAUGGAUAUGUCAAAAAACAAGAUAAAUACUGUAAUUACAAUAAUUAUGAAAUUCGUGAAGAAGCUAGUGAUGAUGAUGAUGAUAUUGAUGAAGAAAUGAGUGAAAAGAAAUUGAAUUCGGUAGUUCAAGUCAGUCUGAUAAAUUCGAACGAUCAAGAGUCUCAAAAAGAUGACAAAUUAUUGGGAGUUUUUGCAAUUUUAAAAUACUGCAGUCAUACAAUUGAUGUAAAAGCAAUAAUUUUAAUCGGGAUCAUAUUUUCAAUACUUGAAGGUAUUGCAUCACCAAUAUUUUCAUUUUGUUUUUCAAAAUUAUUAUCUACAACUUUAGAUGCAUCAAUUGGUAAAAAUAUCUCAAAACAAAUCAUUCAAUGGUCAGUCAUUUCAAUUUGUAUUGCUUUCUUCAUUGGCUCAACCACCUAUAUAUCUAGAUUUUUAUUAUAUUAUUCAAGUGAAAGAUGGAUUGUUGGAUUAAGGAAACUUUGUUGUAAAAAAUUAAAUGGUCAAGAUAUGUCUUUCUUCAAAGAGAUCAAAACAGCAGAAAUUACAACCUUAUUGAUGAACGAUACCAGAGAUUUAAGAAAUUUAGUAAGUACAUUUUUGUCAGUUGUUGUUAACUUAGUAGCUAUGGUUUUAGUUGGUAUUAUAUGGUCAAUUGUUGCAGGUUGGAAAUUAGCAUUGGUGGGUUUAUCAUUUGUACCAUUAAUUUUAAUAAUUACUAUUGCAUAUGGUCAAGUUUUACAAUCAGCUGAAAAUAAAUAUAAAUCAAGUGUGGUGGUUAAUGAAACUCAUGUUCAUCAAACUGUUUCUUCAAUUAAAACUGUCAAAUUAUUUUAUAUGCAGAAUUAUUUUAUGCAAAAAUUUGAUGAACAAAUUAGUGAUCUUGUUAAAAUUGGUAAUUAUAGGGCAUUUCAAACUGGUGUUGGAUUAGCUAUAAAUGAUUUUAUUACAGCUGUUGCAACUGGUGUUAUACUUUAUUUUGGUAUGGAAUUGACUGGUAAACAUCAAUAUAGUCAUGGUCAAUUAUUGCAAGUCAUUACAUUGUUAACAUUCACAUUAGCUAAUGCAUCAAGUUUAAUUCAUGAAUUACCUGAAGUUACAAGAGGUCAAAGAGCUGGAACUUUUAUUGUCAAAUUAUUAGAACUGAUACCAUAUUCGAAAAUUGAGAAUGAAGGAGACGUAAUACCAAAAACUAAAACUACUGAAGUUAUUAAAAUUGAAAACUUAUCCUUUCAAUACAAUGAUAUUCCAAUUUUGAAAAAUUUGUCAUUGACCAUUGAAAAAAAUCAAUUAAUUGGAUUGUACGGUAAAUCAGGGUCUGGUAAAUCAACAUUGAUUUCAUUAUUGUUAAGAUUGUUUGAUUCAAAUUCUCCCAAUGCAACAAAGUUAUAUGAUCAAGACAUUUCAAAAAUUAACAUAGAUUGGCUAAGAGAAACAAUAAGCAUUGUUCCACAAUUCCCAAAUUUUUUUGAAGGUUCAAUCUAUGAAAACUUAAUUUAUGGUAUCAAUCCAUUAGUCAAAAUCAAUGAAGAUGAAAUUAUUAAAAUUUUGAAAUUAUGUAAAAUUUAUGAUUUUGUAAUGACAUUACCAGAAGGUUUAUAUACAAGAAUUGGUGAAGGUAGUAAUUCAACAAUUUCAGGAGGUCAGUUGCAAAGAUUAUCUAUCGUUAGAGCAUUAAUUAGAAAACCAAAAAUUAUAUUAUUUGAUGAAUGUACUUCAAAUUUAGAAUCAGGAUUUGAUUUGGAAUUUUUCAAAGAUAUAAGAUCAAAUUUUAAAGAUUCAACAAUUAUUAAUAUAACUCAUAGAUUCAAUACUAUAUCGGAUUAUGAUAAAAUAAUUAUAUUAGAUCAGGGGGAAGUUAAAGAAUUUGACACUCCAGAAAAUCUUUUAAGAGAUAAAACUUCUAUAUUUUACUCAAUGUGUUUAGCUGCAGAUUUGAUUGAUUUUGCUCAAUUUUAA